AUGCUGCGGCUUACCGGACUUGACAAUCACGGAAGUGGCGCCCUCAAUUUGUCCCUAUUCGUCAGGAGCAUGCUCUCUGAUGAAGCGAAAUGGCAGGCUAUCCAGGUAUUCUGUCAGUUUGUUUUAGGUUCAAAAGAAGAGGCAGAGCGGGCUCGGGAAAUAGAACCUGGGGCCCCUCAGAUGAGAAGAAGAAGAACAGGCAGGCGCAGGCGCGACUUCGUGCGUGCUCCGUAA